GAAGUUUCGACGCAGCCCAGACAGAUAUAUAUACACGGGCGCGCGGCGUGUAACGCGAGUGCGCCCUCGCUCAGACCAGCUUAGCUGACUCAGCGAGAUAUCCUCUCCUCCUUCUGCUCCUCUGCUCCUACGGCUCCUUCUCGCUGUGUGCACGAGAGUUUGCGUGGUAUUUUUUUGUUUCCCUUGUUUUUUAUAUUUAUUUCAGAGAACAAGAGAGAGAGAGGGAGAGAAUAAAAACCUCACUUAUUCCCCCCACUUCGACCACAGUCUCACAAACGCAUCGACGCCGCCGCUGCCGCUGCUGCUAUUGCUGCUGCCUAAGGGACCAAGAGUCUAGGAAGCCUUUGUAAGCAGAGCAAAGAUCGUGCCGCGCUUCUCUGUGUGAAGUCGUUUGAAACGUCGCCGUGCGUCGCUGCCGCCGGGUGCACGUGUUGUUGCAAGGAUACGUGCAGGGAGGCGACGAUGAUGAUAACAAUGCUCAUCGUCUAUGCGCUGGGCGCGAUCUCACAACGCGCCGCCGCCCAUUCCACAUUCCCGGACGGCGCCACGGACACCUUCACGCCGGACGUGAAAAACGGCCCCGGCAACCGCGUGCUGGUCUCGUUCCGCGCCUUCGGCAGGGAAUUCUCGCUCGAUCUGGCGCCCGGCGAGGUCGGCGAUCGCGAACAGCAGACGAGUGGAGGCGCGGAGGUUCGCCUCUCCCAGCUGCGCUCGUGCGUGCGUCGCGGCGUCGUGGACUCGAGGCCGGACUCCCUCGCCGUGCUCAGCCUCUGCGGCGGAGGCGGCCUGAGGGGUCUCUUCGCCGUGGGGGGGGAACACUUCGAGGUGGCUCCAGUUGAGGGCGGACGAGCAAGCAACGGCAGCGUGCGUCCGCACUCCAUCACCAGGACACACGCGUCAUUCCAGCUCGCUCCCCACGGCAUUCCUGCUGCUGCUGCUGCCGUUGCCGCUACCACCGUGAAGACCACAGCCAGAGCCGCGAGGUCCAAGCGCUUCGUGUCGAGGCCACGCUACGUGCAAGUGCUGGCCGUGGCCGACGACACGAUGGUGGCCGCGUACGGGGACCGCCUCGAAGAGCACCUCCUCACUGUGCUCAGCGCCGCGGACGGACUGCUGAGGCGCGCCAGCCUCGGCAGCCCCGUGCGUCUCACCUUGGCCAGGGUCGUGGUGGCCUCGGGAGACAAGGCCGGCUCCGGCGACGGAGCCAGGACCCGGCUGGAGGUGUCCUCCAACGCGGCGCUGGCGCUGCGCGACUUCUGCAAGUGGCAGCUGCAGCUGAACCGCCGCGGGCAGGACCACCCGGAGCGGCACGACACAGCCGUGCUCUUUACGCGCAAGGAUCUGUGCGGCUCGCAGGGCUGCGAGACGCUGGGCAUGGCGGACGUGGGUACCGUGUGCGACCCGGAGCGCAGCUGCGCUGUCGUCGAGGACGACGGCCUUCAGUCGGCCUUCACAGUGACCCACGAACUGGGUCACGUGCUCGGCAUGCCCCACGAUGACGCGGCCGCGUGCACCGACAAGUUCGGCCCGGCGCGUGCCAGGCACCUCAUGGCGUCCGUGCUCAGCGGCCUCGACUUCAGCUCGCUGUGGUCGCAGUGCAGCGCCGCGUCGCUCAUGGACUUCCUGGACGACGGGCAAGGCGACUGCCUCCUCAACAAACCCCACUGCGAGCCGCGUCUGCCGUCGGUCGCUCCGGGCUCGGUGUACGGCGCGGACCGGGAGUGCCAGCUCGCGUUCGGGCCCCGCUCUCUCGCCUGCCCUGGCAUGGACGUGUGCCAGCGGCUGUGGUGCACGGAGGAGCGUGCCGGGCGCUUCGUGUGCCUCACCAAGAACCUGCCCGCGGCCGAGGGCACGCCCUGCGGGCACGCCAGCCAGUGCUUGGAGGGCGCCUGCGUGCCCAGCGUCAAGGUCAAGGCCCUUAAGAAGGUGGACGGCCAGUGGGGCGAGUGGGGCGCGUGGAGCGAGUGCUCGCGCUCCUGCGGCGGCGGGGUGCAGCUCUCCUCCCGGGGCUGCGACGCGCCCGAGCCCCGGCACGGAGGCGCCUACUGCGUGGGGCAGCGCGUGCAGUACCGCUCCUGCAGCACCCUCGCCUGCGGGGACGCGCACUCCGCGCUGCGCUAUCGCGAAGAGCAGUGCGCGGCUCACAACGCCCGGCACCUGGGACUGCCGGGCCUGGGCGACGCCGGCGCGGAGUGGCUGCCCAAGUACGCAGGCGUGGCCGCCAAGGACCGCUGCAAGCUCACGUGCCGGGCGCGCUCCUCCGCCUUCUACGCCGUGCUGGCGCACAGGGUGGCGGACGGCACGGAGUGCGGGCCGGGCGUGCAGGGGGUUUGCGUGCGCGGGCGCUGCGUGCCCACCGGCUGCGACCGCGUCAUCGGGUCGCGCCUGCGCUUCGAUCGGUGCGCCCGCUGCGGAGGGGACGGCUCCACGUGCCGUCGCGUCUCCGGAUCCUUCUCCCCGAAACGAUUUGGCUACACGGACGUGCUGACGUUGCCGGCCGGCACCACGAGCCUCAAGGUCUGGCGCAAGGCGGAGCGCGACGCGCGCGCCUACCUGGCGCUGCGCGACUCCCGCGGCGAGCCGCUGCUCAACGGCGCCUUCACCGUGGCUCCGAGCCGCACGCUCGUGCAAGCCGGCGGCGGCGUCACGCUGCUCUACAGCGGCUGGGCGGCGCGCGGCGAGAACCUGCGGCUGAUGGAGCCCGGCGCCGCCCUGCGCGAGCCGCUCACCUUGCAGGUGCUGCUCACCAACCCCGGCGCGUCGGUGCGCGUCCGCUACGAGUACCACGUGCCCAAGGCGGCGGCGUCGUCGGCGUCGUCGUCGCGAGGGCGGGCGCCGAGCAGCGACGACGAUGGGGAGGAGCAGAGCAACGAGAUCGACGCCGCGCCGCGGGCGACGUUUGGGGCGGCCGCCAACGCCAAGCGCGGCGACGACGCCGACGCGGCGCGAGCGGCCAAGGCGAAGACCCUGAAGCAGCAGGGCGCCACGCUGGUGCGGCACGCCAAGAGCCGCUCCGAGACGGCGCCGGCAGUCGCGGCCGACGCCGGAAACUCGAACCGCGUGGCAGAGCCGAGAGACGGGGCGAGGCCCGCGGACGUCGAAGCUCGCGACCCUCGGGCCCGCGGGGACCGCGACGCCGAGAGGCCACGCCGCACCGGAACGGAAGGACCCGUCGCCGAAUCGUCCGGCCGAUGGGUGGCCGGGCCGUGGCGCUCGUGCACGCGGCAGUGCGGCGGGUGGCAGAGGAGGGACGUGCGGUGCGUGGGGGCGGGCGGGGUGGGGGCGGCCCAGGGCCUCUGUUCCCCCGGGGUGCGCCCCUCGGCGUUCCGGGCCUGCUUGACGCAGUCCUGCCCCUCCGUCCGCGGCAAAAACGGCUUCUCCUUUGAGCUCCGCUCCACUGCUGGCCCGUGGUUCUGCCCCCGGGUUUCGUUGCAGCACCAGUCGGCCAACUUGCCCCACCUCCUCCUCCGCUUGCACCGCGGAGUCGGCGCGUUAGAGCCCCGUGCGCGCCCUCGCACGGCACGAGCGAUGCUGCUGCUGAUGCUGAUGCCAUCGAUCCUCCUCUGGUUCGCGUCCUGCGCCGCUCCCGCCGGCGCGGCCAAGUCGCGCACGGAGCGCGACGUGACAGUGCCCGUACGCGUCGAUGGCCACCAGGGACCCUUUCCUACAACAACAACUACAACAACAACAACACGAGAAGGAGACUACAGCAGCAACAGCAACGACGAUGGUGGUGGUGGCGUUCCAAUGUCGGAGUCGGCCUCUUACGCGCUGCGCGCUUUCGGCCAAAGUUUCCGCCUGGACAUCGUGCGCGACCACAGCUUCAUCUCGCCCGCAUUCACCGUGGCGCACGUGGGCGCGCCCCAGCGAGGCGGCGGCGGGGCGGACGAGCUCGCGCGCGCCGUGCGGGAGUCGGGGGCGAACCUGAGCCACUGCUUCUUCGCAGGCCGCGUCAACGGAGACGCGAGCGCGACGGUGGUGCUCAGCGCGUGCGGGGGACUGCGCGGCGCGUUCCGUCACGGGCGGCACCAGUACUUCAUCCGGCCCGAGACACCGGGGGAGGAGGAGGAGAGUCGGGGUGCUGCUGCUACUGCUGCUGGCGCUGGUGACGGCGACGACGAUGGAGGACUUGGUGGGUUGAACUCUUCGAGCGCUGACUCGGCGCGACGUCGACACGUCAUCACGCGCAGAGGAGUCUCGCAGAUGUUCGCCGAUAGCGACGGCGAGGACGACGGCGACGACGUGCAACGAUGCGGCGUCAACAGCACCGCGUUCGUCGGCCCCUCGCGCGAAUUCCUGGAGCGCCUCGAUCGCUCGAGCAACGAGGCAACGGGAGCGGCAGCAGGAGGAGGAGGAGAUGGUGGCGUCUUCAGGAACCCUUGGACGGCGGCGCGCUCCAAGCGCUUCGUGUCUCUGCCGCGCUACGUGGAGACGCUGGUGGUGGCCGACGAGGCGAUGGCCUCGUACCACGGCGCGGACCUGAAGCACUACCUGCUCACGCUCAUGGCUAUCGCGGCGAGACUUUACAGGCACCCGAGCAUCCGCAACGCCGUGCACCUGGUGGUGGUGAAGCUGCUCGUCAUCAGCAACGAGGAGAAGGGCCCCAAGAUCUCGAGCCACGCGGCGCUCACGCUCAGAAACUUCUGCGCCUGGCAAAAGAAAUUCAACAAGGGCAGCGACAAGCAUCCAGAGUACUACGACACGGCUAUCCUCUUCACCAAACAGGACAUCUGCGGCGCGCAGACGUGCGACACCCUGGGCAUGGCCGACGUCGGCACCAUGUGCGACCCCAAGCGGAGCUGCUCCGUCAUCGAGGACGAUGGCCUCCCGUCAGCCUUCACCACGGCCCACGAGCUCGGGCACGUGUUCAACAUGCCGCACGACAACGUGAAGGCGUGCGAGCGCGUGGCCGGCAAGCAGGGCGAGCACCACAUGAUGUCGCCCACCAUCACGCACGUGGACCGCGCGCAGCCCUGGUCGGCCUGCAGCGCAGCCAUCAUCACCGACUUCCUCGACAACAAGCACGGCGACUGCCUCCUGGACGAGCCGACGAACGCGCUGACCCCUCCGGGCGAGCUCCCCGGCGUCUCCUACCCGGCGGAACGCCAGUGCGAGCUGGCGUUCGGGCGCGGCUCGCGCCUCUGCCCGUACGCGGAAGCGUGCGCCAAGCUGUGGUGCACGGGCCGCGUGUCGGGACAGCUCGUGUGCCAGACGCGCCACUUCCCCUGGGCCGACGGCACGGCCUGCGCCACGGGCCGCUGGUGCAUGCGGGGCCAGUGCACCGAGAAGGGCGAGGGCAAGCGUGGCAAGGCGCCCGUGGACGGGAGCUGGGGUCGCUGGGCUCCGUACGGAGAGUGCUCGCGCACUUGCGGCGGCGGCGUGCACCUGGCCCGGCGCGAGUGCGACUCCCCGAGCCCCGCACACGCGGGCGCCUACUGCACGGGCCCACGUGUCAAGUACCGCUCGUGCGGCCUCGCGCUGUGCCCCAGCGGGCCCGACACGAAAAGCUUCCGCGAGGAGCAGUGCGCCGCGUUCGACGGGCAGCGCGUCCACUCCAACGGCCUGAGCCCCGGCGUGCGCUGGCUGCCCAAGUACUCGGGGAUCAGCGCCAAGGACCGCUGCAAGCUGGUGUGCCGCGCCAACGGCACCGGCUACUACUUCGUGCUGGCUCCCAAGGUGGUGGACGGCACGAGGUGCGGCCCCGACACGUCGGACGUCUGCGUGCAGGGCCGCUGCGUGCGCGCCGGCUGCGACGGGCGGCUGGGCUCGCGCGCUCGCCUCGACGUGUGCGGAGUGUGCGGCGGGGACGCCUCGACCUGCCGCAGGGUCUCCGGCACCUUCACCAAGGCGCAGUACGGCUACAACUUCGUGGUGGCGGUACCGGCGGGCGCCACCAACCUGGACGUGCGCCAGCGCGGCUACCAAAGCCUCAAGAACGACGACAACUACCUCGCCGUGCGCUCGGGCCGCGACGGGCGCUACCUCCUCAACGGCCACUACGUCAUCUCGACGUCGGAGCGCGAGGUGGCGCUGGGCCCCGGCGGCGGGCACGGGGGCCCCGCGGGGACGACGGGCGCCGGCAGCGUGCUCAGCUACAGCGGCACGGCCACGGCGUCGGAGCGGCUGCACGCGCCGGGCGCGCUCACCGAGCCGCUGGUGGUGGAGGUGCUGGCCGUGGGCCGCAUGACGCCGCCCAGGGUGCGCUACUCCUUCCACGUCCCGCGCGGCUCCGCCGCCGCCGCCGCCGUCGCGCGCUCCAACGCGCUGCUGGGGGACGCGGGCGGCGAGGGCGGCGACUCCGUGGCAGACGAGGGCAAGAGGGAGAAGGACGAGAGGAAGCGGGAGGAGCAGGAGGAGGAGCUGGCCAAGAGCAAGCGGAACGACGGCGCCAGGAGCGGAGCGGGAGGAGCGGCCGUCCCAUCCAAGCGAAAGGCCGGCGGCGUCGGCGCGACGUGGGCCACGGGCGAGUGGGGCGCCUGCUCCCGCACGUGCGGCGGCGGCGGCUCGCAGCGCCGGCACGUGCGCUGCCCGCGCCCGACGGGCGCCUGCACCGGCGCGAGGCCCGAGGCCGUACGGGCGUGCGGGGAGACGAGCUGCCCCGCGUGGCACGCCGGCGGCUGGUCGCCCUGCUCCAAGACAUGCGGGCGCGGGUUCCGGCGGCGCUCGCUGCGGUGCGAGGCUCGCGGCGCCGGCGUGGCGCCCAACGUGCUGAUGCCGCGCGAGCGCUGCGACCGCGCCGGCAAGCCGCAGGAGCUCGACAUCUGCGUCGCGCGCGCGUGCUGAUCGCGGCCGCUGGCGGGAUAUGCGGGGCGGAGAGCGAGCCGACCGGAGCGCCGGCGGUGGGGGCGAUGUGGAGUUUCCAGGAGAGGACGCGAAGAAAAACGUCUGAGGAAAACGCCCCCCGAGCGAUCGUAGGGGAAGUUGCUGACGGGGCGCGAGCGGCGUGCGCGG